AUGCUUAAUGCUGUUAUACUCAUUGUGCUCUUUUCCAUUUUAUUUUUUGAUGAAUGUAAAGUGUUGAGAAAUAUAUCUUAUAGUCAUAAAACAGAAAAUAAGAAAAGAGGAUUUUUAUUUUUCCUACCUUUGUUAUUAAAGAAAAAAAGGUUUGAGGGAAGGACAUAUGUGAAAAAGAAUAAAAUAAAUAGUAGUUAUACUUAUGAUUAUUAUGAUUUUAUUAAGAAUGGUAAGGGAAGUAUUGGUCCGUUUACAUAUAAAUCUAAUAAAAGAAGAGUACAUAAACUAUAUGUAUAUAAUAAAUCCGAAAAAAAGGAUGAAACCUAUCAUGACAUAAUAAAUAAUCAUAUAAAUAUUAUUUCUGAAAGAAUAGUAGGAGAUGAAAAAAAUUUUAUAUUACCAAAUUAUUGUUUAAUAGAAAGUAACAAGUUUUAUGAAGAUUAUGAUUAUCAAACGAGUAUAUUAAUAUAUUUGGAAAAUUACUUAAAGAGUAAAAAUGUUACAUUUCAUGAUAUUAUGAAAAGGAAAAAAAUGUGUGAUGAUGAUAAAUAUGUUGAUAUGAGAAAUUAUGUUAUAUCUUAUCUACAAAAUGAAUGCUCAGAUAUCAUAGAUCAUCUACAUAUAUCAGAGAACGGUAUAUUAAAUAUAAGAAUAAAUAAAAAUUCUCUAAUGGGGAAAAUAAGAGAUUUUUAUAAUAUGAAUAUUUUAAAAAGUAAUAAUGAAAAAGAAAUAAAGAAAAAGAAAAAAGGUAUUGUUUUAUUAGAUUUCUGUAGUGUCAAUAUGUGUAAGCAUAUUCAUAUGGGUCAUUUGAAAUCUAUAUUUCUUGGUUAUUCCUUAAGUAAUUUAUUUAAUUUUUGUAAUUAUCAAAUCAAAAAUAGAAGUCAUAUAGGUGAUUGGAAUCUGAACAUAGCCUUAGUCAUUACAUUUAUUAUUAUUUUUUCAAAUAUUCACAUGAAUAAAGAUGAAAGAGAACAACAAGUUUUAUUAAAUAUAAAUUCGUUAAGUAAUAAAGAAACAAAUAAAAAUAAAUUCUUUCUAAAUACAUAUAAUUAUAAUCAUAAUAUAAAAAACAAAAAAAAAAAAGACAAAACACUUAUAGAUGAACAACAAAAACAAAUAAUAAACAAACAAACUGAAGAUUUCAUUACACAAUAUAUAAAACUAUUAAAUAAUAUAAACGAACAGACUUAUGAAGAAAAUUAUAAUAUAUUGGAUACAAAAAAAUGUUUAAAUAUAAAAUUAGAUGAUCUAGAAUUCUCGUAUAGAUUAUCCAAACGUCUUUAUCUCAAAUCGGAUCUCUUCAAAAAAUUUUCUAAAAACACUUUAUCAUUAAUGUAUAAGAAGGAUGAAAAAAUUAUGACCCUGUGGAAUAUUAUAUGUAACAUAACUAAAAAGGAAAAUGAGCCAGUGCUGAAACGGUUUAACAUUAAAAGACUCGUGGAAAAAGGAGAACACUAUUAUGUGAAGUAUGCUUCUAAAAUAAUUAAUAUGAUGAUAAAUAAAAAAGUCAUUUUUAAUUUAGACAAUAAAUUAUGUGUACUUUUAAAACCAAAAGAUAUGGAAAAAAUGUGUACUUCAAAAAAUUAUAAAAAUAAAGAAAAUAUUUUGAAGUGCAAUGAUAUAUAUUACGAUAUAAUUGAACCUGAUAAUUCCUUGUAUGAAUAUAUAAAUAAGAAUGAUAUAUUAUAUUUAAAAAAAUAUUAUACUAUACUAACUUUAAAAAAUGAUGUUGCUUAUACAUAUGCAGCAAUAGACCUUGCGGCUAUAUAUUAUAGAGUGACAUAUGAACAUGUUAAUAAAAUAAUUUAUGUUGUAGAUGAAAAUCAGAAAAAUCAUUUUGCACAAGUUUUUUCUAUUGCUAAAUAUUUAAAUUUAAUUAAACCAAAUGUAGAAUGUAUCUGUAUUAAUUAUGGUUACAUAUUAAAUCAAGAUAAAAAAAAAAUUAAAACACAAAACUUCUCAAAUAAUAUAUUUGUAAAAGAUUUUUUUAUUAAAUAUAAACAAAAUGUACAAAAUUUCAAUGAUGACCUUAUCCAUUUAAAUAAUAGAAAUUAUUUUAUUAACAAUAAAUAUUCUACUACCAAACUUUAUGAUCAACUAUUUUUUUCAUCAACUAUUUAUUCAUAUAUAAGCGUAAAAAAUAGCAAAAGACAACCUGUUGAUAAUCUUAUACAAAAUAUGAAUAGAGAAUAUCUAUAUAUUAUUGAUACAUACAAUAUCACUUUAUAUAUUUUAAACAUGUUUAAAAAUAAUAAUAAUAAUAAUAAUAAUAAUAAUAAUAAUAAUAAUAAUCUUAUAUCUGAUUUUUCAUUUAUAUUUUCUAAUAAAGAAUUCCAACCAGAACAAAAUGUAAAAAAUCUUUUAUUAGAUAUUAUAAAAUUUAAUUAUAUCAUUCAAAAAUGUGCACAUCAUUUUUCUAUAGAAAAAUUAUGUUCGUACAUUUAUAAAUUAUCACAAAAAAUACACAAUAUUUAUCAUAAUAAUAACAUUUUUAAAAAUAUUAUACAAAAUCUUCCUUCCAAAAAAAAACACAAAAAUAUACAUCUAUCCACAAGCAAUCAAAAUUAUCAAAGUAAUACUUUAUUAAAUGAACAAGAAAUAAACUAUACAAUUCUAUCGAAUUAUAUUAAGAAUAAUCCUAAUUUCUAUUCAUCCAAUAUUCAAAGCACAACUUCUGAACAACAAAUUCGUCCUGUAAAUAAUCUUAUGGAUAACAGAAUACUCGAAUUAAUCAUUAUGCAAUCCUAUAUUUAUAUACUAUCCAAAAGUUUUAAAAUAUUAAACCUUCAUUUGGUUAAAUUUCAUUGA